AUUCGCUAUAUAAGUUAAGGCUUUCGCCCCGAAAUGUAUCAUUCGCAAAUCAAGUUCACUUCUGUAAAGAACUCAACCAACUCCCAAAACAGCAACAUGGCAUUCAAGUUUGUUUUCGCACUCGCCUUCGUCGCGGUGGCCAGCGCUGGCUACGUGCCCGCUGCUCCAGUUGCCACCUAUGGCGCCCCCGUGGCUGUGGCACAGAAGGUGGUGGUCAAGUCCGACGAGACCUACGAUCCCCAUCCCCAGUACCGUUUCUCGUACGGCGUCGACGAUAAGCUGACUGGCGACUCCAAGGGUCAGGUGGAGGAGCGUGACGGCGAUGUGGUCCGUGGCGAGUACUCGUUGGUCGAUGCCGAUGGCUACAAGCGCACCGUCCAGUACACCGCCGAUCCUAUCAACGGCUUCAACGCUGUGGUCAACCGCGAGCCCCUUGUCAAGGCCGUCGUUGCCGCCCCAGUUGCCCACUAUGCUGCCCCCGCUGUGGUCAAGACUGUUGCUCCCGCUUACUCCACCUAUGCUGCC